GAAGGAGAGCUCCGCUCGGCCGCCAUGUUUGUCAGGGCCCAUACGGGCCGGAGGGCGGGACUUCCCCAGCGGGCCUCGCCGUCCCCUCGGACAUUCAACGGUGGGCAACGGCCGGCUUCCCCGAGCGAGGCCUAGUCCGUUUCUUUGGGGAGAGAGCGACCGGGGAGGCCAUCAGGCGGCCUCCCCAACCUCCAGGGCCCGCGCCCUGAGGCCACGAAGGGAAUGGCGGACGGGCCGGGGGAGCCGGCGGCCGCCUCCGCCGCGCCGGUCUGCACUUUCCUCUUCAAGAAGUCCGGGCGGAAGGGCCCCGCGGGCCGCAGGAAGCGACGAGCGGAGGAGGAGGAGGACGGCGGCGGCGGCAGCAGCAGCAGCAGCGAUGAGGGGAGCGCCGUGGUUCGGCGGGAGAAGCGACCGGCGGGGCCCAACCCCAUGAUCCAGCGCAGCGGGGGCGGCAAGGAGAGGGCGCGGAGGACCGGCGGGGCGAGCAGCGGAGACGAGGAGGAGCCUCCGGGCCUCGGCGUGGCCUACCGCUCCACCCGCUCCGCCAAGCCCGUGGGGCCCGAGGACAUGGGGGCCACGGCCGUCUACGAGCUGGACACGGAGAAGGAGCGCGACGCGCAGGCCAUCUUCGAGCGCAGCCAGAGGAUCCAGGAGGAGCUGCGCGGCAAGGAGGACGACGGCAUCUACCGCGGCCUCAACAACUACCCGAGGUUCGUCAAGCCCAAGGACACGUCGAUGGGGAACGCCUCGUCCGGGAUGGUCCGCAAGGGACCCAUCCGCGCCCCCGAGCACCUGCGGGCCACGGUCCGCUGGGACUACCAGCCCGACAUCUGCAAGGACUACAAGGAGACCGGCUUCUGCGGCUUCGGGGACAGCUGCAAGUUCCUGCACGACCGCUCCGACUACAAGCACGGCUGGCAGAUCGAGCGGGAGCUGGACGAGGGCCGCUACGGCCUCAACGACGACGAGAACUACGAGGUGAGCAGCGACGAGGACGACCUGCCCUUCAAGUGCUUCAUCUGCCGCCGGGCCUUCCGCGACCCCGUGGUCACCAAGUGCCGCCACUACUUCUGCGAGGCCUGCGCCCUGCGCCACUACCGCGUCUCCCAGCGCUGCUACGUCUGCGACCGGCAGACCAACGGCGUCUUCAACCCCGCCAAGGACCUCGUCGCCAAGCUGGAGAAGCACCGAGCCCAGGGGGAGCCGGGGCCCUCGGGGACCCCCGACGCCCCCGACGGGGGUCCCGGCCCCUUCACCUGAGCCGCCUCCCGCCAAGCCAAUAAACCUCUUUGUUGUUGUUCUUUUUUAAUCGGAAAAAACGCCACCGUUCCCGUCUCGGGUUUCCGAUCCGAAAGACCGGGCCCAAGGGACGGUGCCGGGUCGGGGGGACUCGGAGCCACGGCGGGCGGGGCGCGUCGCCCUAAACUAUGGCCUUGGACGCCCUAGGACCGUUGGCCGGGGCUGACGAAGAGGCGGCUCCCCCGUGCUUGGCUCUUGAGGGUGAGGGAAAGGAACCAAACCUGCCGGUGCUUUGGGUGGGGGCUGCGUGAAGGCAUCCACCCCAGAAUGGCCGGCUCCAUCUCAGCCAGCGGGGCGCUCGCACAAUACGGCCGCAUUCAGCGGCCCUGACGCAAACUAAAAGUCCCCGGCAUGUACGUGGUCCCCUUCCCUGCCCAUCAUUCCCAGUCAAAAAGCCAGUUCUUCUCAGGUAGAAGGAAGUGCCGAAGCAUCCGAGUGCUUCUCGAUCAUCCCGGCUGAACUGGCAGCUUUGAUUCCCCAAUCUGCCAGACCAUCCCAAUCCUAUUACAUUACAUGCUCUUCGGGAGUUGCAGGUGGACGCCGAAGAAGGGCAGAUUGCCCGUUUGCAAAUAAGAAGAGCAUAAGCAGAAGAAUCGGACAGAAUGAACUGGCCCGGGGACUAGAGCGGGUCUGGACAAAUUGAAUCAUAAGGGCUAGCCUGCCAUUUUUAAGAAUUCUGUGCCUACGAAAUGAAAUUGUGAAUACUUGGGCCAUGACAUUAAAACUCUUUAAGUACUAGCAGAAA